AUGACACGAUCCUGUAUCUUUUCGUCGGGCUUCUCUUCGUCGUCGGAUGAAACCAAAUCAUCACUCAUGGAAGGUCUUCUCACUCCUCCAAACUCUUCCAGUAUUGAUCCUUCCCACUAUUACCGUAUAUUGAGAAUAGACUCCAUAGAAGCCAACAAUGAAGCUUUUACCCCGUCAACAAGAUUAUUCGAGACAUCCGAGGAAAAGUCCAGCAGUAAUGAAGUCCCUGAUCUCGCUGGAAAAGAUAUUUAUCAACGAGCCUUCUAUCGACUCUCUCCUUUUUCAGAGGUGGAGAAUUUCAGUAAUGUCGUUGUCGAAGAACGAGUCCGAUUCAAGCCUGACCCAGAAAAGGGAGAAACAAGCAUCAAGCCAGUGGGCCCUCGGACCUUAAUCCUUCGUGAUGGCAACGUCGAAGAGGGACAAAUCGGGAAUGAGUUCUUUGAGAUAAAUAUCAAGGAAUCUCUAUCGGAGGAUGCUACCCAUGGAGGAGCAGGGAGGGACUCAGAUAUUGAAGGUAUCAUUGCGACAGUUUUGUAUCUGGCAGCCAAUCCCAAGUGUAUUGAAGGAGAUGUUUUGGAAGUUGGUUGUGGAUUAGGCUUGGCUGGUUUACUCGGAUGCAUUGGUGUCGGUGCAUUGGAAGCAACAGUGCAUGGAGAUGCAGAAGAAAAGGAGGAUGCUGAGGAAUCCGCCGACAACACCGAAUACGAGGACAUCUUGACCAUUCCCAAGAGUACAAAAAUGACGGAUGAGCUGUUGUCUCUAACCCUCUCAGAUCAAGAUACGCAAGCUUUGACAUUAGCUGCGGCCAACGUGCAUGUCGCACGUGUUCCAACAAGUCAAGUAUCAGUGGAGGAGAUUCCCUGGAGGACACGAGCUUUUCUAAGCCACAAUACCUCCCCCAAACCAUACCACACAAUCAUUGCCUCCGAUUUGAACUACAAUUUCCCCGAGGCCAAGGAACUGGCUCGUUGCGUAGCUCGUAGAUUGGAAGCCUUGUCGGAUUGGGAAGGCAUCAAAGGCGAUUCCAAAUCCCCGCCGAAAUUUGUGCAUGUCUGUCCUGAUCGACGGGAUGUAAACUUUUUGCAACGCUUCCUCGCAAAAGGAUAUGCCAUGGAUGUCAAGUCGGGCUACCUAAAAUUGGAAAAGUUGAUCUUCAAGUUCCAAGUUUUGCCAGAAUCAGAACCAGAAUCCAAGCUGGAUGACUUGGAGCUGGAAGUCCAAGACUUGAAGGAAGUCAUCUAUCAAUCACUGACAGCUAUUCACGACCCGAUGUAUGCUCAAGGAACUGGGGAUUACUUCUUUCCCAUGGAGAACGGCCAAUACGACAAUGCUGGAGCGCAAACAUACAUGGAACCAGAGUCAGAUGGCACCAAGAAGUGGUAG